AUGUCUCAACAACUUGUCCUAGUCACCGGUGGCACUGGCCAUGCUGGUAAUUUUAUCAUUGAUUUGUUGCUCAAGGAAGGCUACAAGGUUAGAACUUCUAUUAGAAGCUUGGCUAAAGAGCAACAAUUGCGUGGUCUCUACGAAGAUGUCUUCGGAAAGGAACUCGUUGACAAGAAUUUGGAAAUUUUUGCUGCUGAUCUUGGAAAUGACGCUAAUUGGGAAGAGAAUUUACAGGGAGUUGACUACGUUCUUCACGUCGCUUCUCCAUUCCCAUUACAACAACCUGAAAAUCCAGACGACCUUAUUAUUCCUGCCAGAGAAGGUUCAUUGAGAAUCCUCAGGUUGGCUGCUAAUGUAAGCUCAAUCAAGCAGGUUAUUUUGACCUCAUCGUUUGCUUCUGUUGGAUACGGUCAUGAUCCAAACCGUACGGAACCAUUCACUGAAAAGGACUGGACCAAUGUGGAAAAGGAUCAACCACCAUAUCUUUUAUCGAAAGUUUUGGCCGAGAAAGCAGCUUGGGACUUCGUAGAAGAAAAUAAGCCUCACUACCAUUUCACAGUUAUAUGUCCCUGUGGUAUUUUUGGACCAGCUUAUGGUAAAACCAAGCAGCUUUCCACAUCUUUGGAAUUGAUUAGGUUGACCCUUAACGGAUCUUUCAAGGAAGUCGGCGUUCCAAUCUACAGAUUUGGGGUUAUUGAUGUUAGAGACCUCGCCAAAAUCCAAGUCCAGUGCAUCAACAACCCCAAAGUAUACAACGAGAGAUUCUUAUUGGCUACAGGUAAAACCUUCAAUUUCUUGGAAGUGGCUCAAAUCAUCGCAAAGGCUGUUCCAAAAGAACUUGCUGAAAACAUUCCAACGAAAGAGAUGGAUGGUCCACAGGAACCAUACAAGUCCAUCAGUGUACAAAAGGUUAAAACCACAUUUAACUGGGAACCAAUCAGCUCUCCAGAGGAAUCAGUUAUUACUUCGGCCAAGUCUGUCAUUGCCCUUGGGUUGUAG